AUGAGAGGCUUUCUUUAGUUUGGAAAAUCAGUAAAGUGACCAGUGUAGUAACAACUAAGUCAAUACACUAAGCCUCGCUUGAGCGCUGUGAGAGUGAGUCAUGGUAUAACGUCAAUCGCGCAACUUCAAUUUGUGCAUUCUGAUUGCACUGCGCUGGUGGCUGGUGCACACAACUAAGAACUAGAAGCUAUAGGAUUGACGACAUUGCUGCAUUAGGUCACUCACGCAUGCUCUAUUGCUCCGUGAGUGUCAAAGGAAUUCGUGAGAGACAUUGGUUCGCACUUUACUUUUGGAAACUCCGAAUCAUUGCUUUCUUUGUCCGUCACGAUUAAAAAUUACGUUCGAACUAGUAAAUUUUUAGUGGUGGAUUUUUCUUUCGAAAUUGCGAAGUAAAUUAGAACUUCGUUGUCAUGACGCGCAUUUCGAAGGCAUCGUAUGCCAAAUUUACGCAGAGCGUCGAUGGACACGAUGAGUUCCUCAAUCGGAUAUCAAAAACGUUACAUUACACAAAAUUGCCAGUACCAGAUUGCCUGAGCUUGCCAGUAACAGAACUUGCUGCGGAAAUAUUUACAGAAGUAAAAAAUGGUCAAACCUUAGAACGACUAGAUGUUGAAGAGGCCAGUCAAAUCUCUAGAAAUGCAUGUGUCUCGCCAUGUUCACUUGUUGUUGCUCUUCUAUAUUUAGAAAGGUUAAAAGAUUGUAAUCCUGAGUAUUUACAAAAAGUUGCUCCAUCUGAAUUGUUUUUGGUCUCAUUGAUGGUUGCCAGCAAGUUUUUGCAUGAUGAUGGUGAAGAGGAUGAAGUUUUUAAUGCAGAAUGGGCUCAAUCGGGCAAUUUAAGUUGCACAAAGAUGAAUCGUUUGGAAAAAGAAUUUCUCAAAGCUAUUGAUUGGUCAGUGUAUGUUCAUAGUCAAGAGUUUUGGAGGAGGUUACAAAGUUUAGAAAAAGAUGUUGCUUUCAAAGAAGCUCAUAAAAGAGGAUGGUUUUCUUACACAGAACUCAACACUUUACUGAAUCUGGCAGAUGUACUAACAAUGCUGCAAACUCUUGUAAAUGUAUGCUCAUUCUGUAUAGCGACUUAUACUGCUGGUUUAUUUACAUUACUAGGAGCAGUUACUGUAGCAGCACAGUUGCCAGAUACUUUACUGAAUAUGAAACAGUCUCAAAGCUUGGCUCUUGCACCUUCAACAAAUACUAAUCAGAUUUUACAUCAUAAAAAUUUACGGAUUCAAAGUCUUGAGGAUUUUGAAGAAGAUGUUGAGAGCCUAUUAUUGGAUUCGGUUUUAGAAAGAUCUAAAAUGUGUAAUGAGUCAUAUGCAAAUCCAAAUAAUUUCAAGAUCAAUGACAAACAUAAUAAUAAUAAUAAUAAUCAGGGACUACAAUGGAUAGUUGAUUACAUAACUCUUUGGUUUCAAAAUUCUGCAAAUUUAAAGCCAAAACAUUAUAGAACUGAUUGGGAAAAUUCUUUUAAUCAAAACAGAAUCUAUGUCACUAAAACAGAUUUUUUUAUUGAAUCAGAUUCGUUUCUACAGUAUAAUAAAGAUGGAGUUUACAAUAAAAUAGAAAAACAAGCUCAUGAUUCAAGUUUGAAAAUAUUCUUGAGUAGCUGGAAGUAUUAUAGUCAUCAUUUUUUUAAAAUUCCUUUAAGUCAAGAUCAAUGACUAUUCGUAAAAUCUCUUUUUUCUUUAAAAUCGUCAUUUGCCAAAAUGUUGUAAUUGAUCUUACCUCAUUCUUUUAUUACUUUAAUUUAUUUUAUAUGUAUCUUGUAAAAAAAAAUUUUGUACUCUAUUAAAUUUUAUAUUCUUCAUU